GUUGGUUGUCAUGCAGUGAUUGUUGACGUCCUAUCAAAAGUCAGCGAUUUACUGACUCUGCGAAGCACUAACAGUAUAGGAUAAUGAAAUAGCGAUAAAGGUUACCAUGCAGUUCCUGGGCCGUAUUUUGGACACUGUGAGCUCUGUGUCAAGCCUGUUCUCCAACCCGUACCGCGUGAGGGACGUCCAGCUCUCGGACUAUAAUGGCAAAAUAUUACUUCAGCAGGAGGGCAGACUCGUCCUGUACAGAAACCAGCAGAGCCAGUCAUGGGACUGCCUGCUACUCUGUCCUGAAUCUCCAUCUGUGGCCCUGAGGAUGUUCCAAACGGCCUCAGAGGAGGACGCGAUGAACUGGUUUCCUCAAUAUGCCCUGAAGCUCCGCCCGUUUUACGAGAUGCUCCGCCCACCGGUGAAACCCGAGAUGCUGCAGCCAAUCGCGGAUUGCGUGCGGAAUCACCCUGAUUGGAGCUCGGCUCACAUUGCCGUGGACACCGGACUGAGAGACUGCCUCAAACACAACUACAUCCUCAGCCAGAUGAACUCUCGUGACGCUCAGGGUCAAACGCCGCUGCAUCUGGCCUGUGAGAGAGGAGACGUGGGCUGUGUGAGAGAGCUCCUGGAGGAAUGUCAGGCCCGCACAGACGUCAAGGAUAAGAACGGAGAGACGCCCAUGCACUGCGCUGCCAAACAAGACUCUGCCCUCAUCAUAGAGGUGUUGUGUGCACAGUUGUGCGCGGGAGUGAAUGAGCUGAACGCCGCGGGUGAAACACCAAUGCACAUCGCGUGUCGUCUCGGGAGGGUGGAGGUGGUCAAGGGUCUGCUGGGAGGCGGAGCCCGCUGUGACAUCAUGGGAAACAAUGGUUUUCCAAUCCACGCCGCCAUGAAGUUUAGUGAGAAGAGUUGUGCUGAAGCCAUUUUAUCCUCAAGCCCAAAUCAGCUUCUGGCGGAGGAUCCGGUUUAUGGUGGGACACCUCUUCACUGGGCCAAAACUGCAGAGAUGAGCCGUCUUCUGCUGGACAGAGGAUGUAACGUCAACUACUUGAGCAAGACUGGAGAAAGUCCUUUGCACAUCCUGACCAAGAGGGGGCGCUUUGAGGCCGCAAUGACCCUGCUGACACACGGAGCUGACGCUAAUAUUAGGGGUCAGGAUGGAAACACUGCACUGCAUCUCGCUAUGAAGCUGGACAACAUGGACCUGAUCAAAGCCCUGAUGGUGUUUGGAGCAGACGUGGAGGUUCAUAAUGAUGUGGGAGAAACACCAGGCCUCAUCGCCGCUCGAACCAGCAAGGGCUCCAACCGUAAGGUGCUGUUGAACAUGCUGUGUAGUGUAGGUGCCGAACGCUGCCAUCCUCCAUCUCUCAACAGCCCCACUCACAGUCUCAGAAAAGCUCCACCCCCUGGCAUAGGGUUCGAUGACAUCAUGCAAGUGGCAGUAGCUGUAACGGCCAUGAGUCGUGGAUUCGUAGAGGCUGACGGGCUCAAAACAGGAAGCAAAAUGGACAGACUGUUGUGUCUUGAUGGCGGAGGAAUAAAGGGCCUGGUUCUCAUCCAGUUGUUGAUAGCUCUGGAGAAAGAGGCAGGACGUCCUAUCAGGGAACUCUUUGACUGGUUGUCUGGAACCAGUACUGGUGGCAUACUUGCCCUUGCUAUUGUACAUGGAAAAUCAAUGGAGUAUCUGCGCUGUCUGUACUUCAGGAUGAAGGAACAGGUGUUUAAGGGUUCUCGACCAUAUGAGUCUGGACCUUUGGAGGAAUUUCUGAAGAAUGAGUUUGGAGAAAAUACCAAGAUGACCGAUGUCACACAUCCAAGAGUAAUGGUGACUAGCGUUCUUGCAGACAGACACCCUGGAGAACUGCAUCUGUUUCGCAAUUACGACCCGCCAGCCCUUCAGAGAGACCCUCCAUACACAUCUACAGCCACAUUUCAGCCUCUUACUGUGCCACAGGAGCAAUUAGUUUGGCGUGCUGCCCGCUCCAGUGGAGCUGCUCCCACAUAUUUUCGACCAAUGGGCCGUUUUCUGGACGGAGGGCUGCUGGCCAAUAAUCCAACGCUAGAUGCCAUGACAGAAAUACACCAGUACAACAAAGCCCUGAAGGCACAGGGUCGUGAUGUAGACGUAACCAGGUUAGGUGUGGUGGUGUCACUGGGCACCGGUAAACCUCCUCAGGUGGCGGUGAACUCUGUGGACGUUUUUAGGCCUUCCAAUCCAAUAGAGCUAGCCAAGACCUUUGUUGGAGUCAAAGAACUGGGCAAGAUGCUUGUGGAUUGUUGUACAGACUCAGAUGGUUGUGCAGUGGACCGGGCCCGAGCGUGGUGUGAGAUGGCAGAUAUAAACUAUCACAGGUUGAGUCCUCAGCUGUCGCAGGAAGUGAUGCUGGACGAGGUCAGCGACGCUGUGUUAGUUGACAUGCUGUGGGAGACUCAGAUGUACCUCUACGAGCACAGAGAUGUCAUACAAACCCUCUGCCAGCAGCUCCUGCAGCUCUGACGACAGCCAUCAAGGUCCAAUACGCAGAAAUGAAACAUAAACCCCGAUUCUGUUUACACUUAGUGCGUUGUUUCUGUGGCGUUCAAUUAAUUUAAAAGCAGAAUAUUAAUGAAAGUAGAGAAUUAUAACACGUUUUUUUUUCUUAAUAUAAUUUGUAUGUCCGAUACUGAAUUGACCCAAGGUUAAUAUUUGACACACGAAGGAUUCAGAGCGUCAUUUUAUAUGAACUAUCACAAUACAUAUAUUUAAAUAUUGCAUUACAUUUAUUUGAUGCUAAAUUGCUCAGAUAAUACGUUCAGUGUCUGCCAUUCGCAUUGAUCAGGGUGACACGUUCAUAAAAUAUGUUUUUACUCAUUAUUUAUCAGUCUACACAUCAUUUAUGUACAUUUUAAUCAUGUAUUAUUGACAUUUAUAGAGAAACUGACCUGGAAAUUGCAAUUGUAACCACUGUGAUUUGCACAAUGAUGAGAAAUUGCUUGCGUUUAUCAUUUAUUAUGCUAAUAUUUUGGCAUUUUAUUCAUAACAUUUCUGUCUGCUAUUUCUAUGAUGUCUUUUGAUAUCAAUUUGAAGGAAAAAACUAGCUUUUUCCUGUCAUACAAUGAAGAACGAACAAAAAAAAAGGUAACUGUGUUAUUUUUAAUCUCACAAAUCAGACGUUUCGCAGAAUUACAACAAAAAUCUAAAGAAUAUCAUUAGUAUUAAAAUAAUUAUGAAGAAUUAUGCGACUACCUAUAAACUUGGAACUGCAAAAAUAAAUGUUGGAUUUUGUGAAUAAACUAAGAUGUUGUAAGACUCCAAAUUUUAUAGAUAAAAUAUCAGAAUUGUGAGAUUCAAAUAUCAGGAUUUAAAUGUUUUGAUUUAUUCUUUAAUCAUUUUUAUUUUUCCGUUGUAGCCUUGCGUACUUGAGUAUUUUAAUACUGCAGCUGUAGCAUCUAUAUGAAAGUCGUUCAGAUAAUAUAGAGUAUACUAAUGUUUUUAACAACAAAUAUGUAUCCGGUCUAACUUGAAUACCUCUUUUAUUGCUCAUUAGCCUUGCGGUAUUUUUGUUUGGUUUAUUGGUUAACAUAUUUAUCAUUUGUAUGUCUAUAAAUUAUCAUGUGGUAAUAACUUGACACUGGAGAUCUGUUUUUCUGAGACCAAAGUAAGCAUUUAUUCACUUUAUACCUAUAAUGACCUGCUGAUGUGGCACUGAUUUAAAACCUUUUACUGAAGUGAUGUAAAUCCUGAAAUAUUAUUAAUUAUAAUAAAAAAGAUAAUUAUUGAAA